GUUGCGCUGCCGCUGCACAUUCGCCGCAUCCACGUGAUGAACGCCCCACCGGUCGCCAUCGGCGCUCUCAACAAGUGUGUGCGGCCGUUCCUCCAGGACAAGAUCAACCAAAGAAUCGUGACGCAUGAUAACCUUGAGUCGCUGUACAAAUGUGUGCCCCGGGAAUGCUUGCCUUCCGACCUGGGCGGCACCUUGCCGCACAACAUGCGCGAAUACACUCUGAUAUGGGGCGACAUGGCCGCAGCUGCAAUGAAGUGGUUCCAGGAUCGCCGUUGGAUGAAAGCCGACCUGAGCAGCAAGCCAGACUGCAAGUUCAACACAGAGUUCGGCAUCGACGGCUCCUUCCGAAAACUGGCUGUGGAUUAAUUAAGCGUUCCCAUCGAGCUGUGCUUUACUGUGGAAAGUUCGAUUCUUCUCCACCGACCCUUCAAAGAACUGUUAAAAGUGGGCGUUAAGAAACUGUGGAAUGAAUUUAGUUUGAGACCAUUUUGAUUUACAAUACACCGAUUGGGUGAUGCGUUUUUAUGGUUCCGCGUUCUCCUCCCCUCAUGUCAGAGGGGCGUUUAACGGCCAAAAAUAUUCUGAAAAAAUAUUUCCGCAUAUGCGUGUUGGUAAAACAGUUAAUUGUUGAAUAGUAGUGUAUGACUUUUUUUCAAGUAUUGGAAGCUGCUUGGCGCAAAGUGCUCCUUGUGGCACUUUGAUGUGAUUUGAAAAUGAUAUAUACAAAUUAAGAAAGGUUCCCAGAUUAGAACCAAAGAUAGAAAAAACCAAAGGGCCGUUUUGAAAUCAAACAUGCGGCUUCACAACGAUGGAUUAUUGAAGUGUAUUACUUUAUGCAAUUUCCCUUUCGGGCAUUCACUCCACUUUUGCACUGCUGUCGCAAAUCAAUCAUAAUAAUUUUUAGUUAAAGAUGUCGUGAACGGCAGAUAUAUUGUAUAAGAGUUUUUUUUUGUAUCACUAUCGUACCUUGCACCGACUUUGCUAGAGAUUGCCACCCCAUUGUACGACUGCCGACAGCCAACCUGAGUGUUAUGACGAUCUCUCUUACUGCAUGCAGGACAUGCAACAUUAAUUCGAGUUGUCUAAAAAGAGAAGAAUUACAUCUGAAUUUGUAGUGAGAAAAAUAUCUGGACUGUUAACAUCAGAUAGGGGAGUGACCCUUUCCCUAGAUCAUAAGAUGUGUCCUGCACUGAACGGUACCCAGGUAUUUAACUCUCUACGAAUGGAUGUAUGUUUUGUGAUGAUUAUGUGAUGUUUAUUUUACUCUCAUUAAAGACAAUUCCUUUUAUUCGA